AUGAUUAUUGAUAUUCAUUUAGAAGUCUUAGACGAAUGUCAAAAAGGGGGCACCAAACUGAUCCAGGAAGACUUUUAUGAAAUUUUGGUUCAAGAAUUUAUGGGUUCUGAUUUAAUAAAAGAGGAGAAGGUUCCAAGUUCAGAUUCCGGGUUUAGGGAGGAAGACAUUGUUCCUAAGGAAGAUGUUCAAAAGGAACAGGUUCAAUGUUCAGGGUUUAGGGUUUAG